UUUCGUCGCCUGGCGCAUGAACUUCGAUGGUGAACGUACCAGUCGGCAAGACAUUACCACGCAGUACGUGGCAUGCCCUUCGGGGCAGCCCAGUUGCGAUUUUUUGACCAUCACACUAUAGACCGGAUUCACUGUAGGACUCGACCAGUAAGCGAUCAUCAGUGCAACCGGUAGGAUCGUCUCGUCUUGUCCUUCCUCUCACUUUUUUAUCCACCUGUUGCUCAUACCCCAUUAAAUAGAAAGACAAUAAAUCGAGAACAAUUGUAUCGAUAAAUCGAGCCCCAGCAAACGACACCAGACCAAGGGAACCGCAGUGAUCUCGUCUUUCAACUCUCCACAAUGUCCCAACCCUGGAAAACGGUCUUCGUGACGGGUGGUGCCGGCUACAUCGCCUCCCACUGCAUUGUCGAGCUUCUCUCCUCCGGCUACGAGGUAAUCGCCAUCGACAACUUCUCCAACAGCGUCUCCUCCUCCGGCACAUCUGCCGCCCUCACCCGCGUCGAGCAAAUAACCGGCAAGUCGAUAAAAUUCUACAACUGCGACCUGACAAACCUUAAUCACCUCACCGAAGUCUUCAAGAACCACAAGAUCGAUUGUGUCAUCCACUUCGCUGCGAUAAAAGCCGUCGGAGAGUCUAUGCAAGUGCCCCUCCACUACUACAGGAACAACGUCAUCGGUGCGAUAAACCUCCUGGAGGUGAUGAAGGCUGCCGGGUGCUUUCAGCUCGUCUUCUCCAGCUCCUGCACAGUUUAUGGAGAACCUGACUAUCUCCCCAUCACCGAGGAUCACCCGGUGGGAAACAUAACUAAUGUCUACGGAAGAACCAAGUACUUCAUCGAGGAGAUGCUCAAGGACAUAUCGAGGGCUGAAAAGACCUGGAACAUCAUCUGCUUGAGGUACUUCAAUCCAGUUGGAGCUCAUCCCAGUGGAUUAAUCGGCGAAGACCCGACUAAACCCUUCACAAAUCUCAUGCCAUUUAUCGCUCAAGUGGCCUUGAGGCACAAGGACAAACUGACCAUCUUCGGGGGGGAUUACCCAACACCCGAUGGUACAGGCAUCCGAGAUUAUAUUCACGUGAUGGAUCUGGCUGGGGGACAUGUGUCAGCGUUGGCAGCUCUGCAGAAGAGCCACGAAAGGCUGAGAGUCUACAAUUUGGGGACUGGAAAGGGUGUAUCUGUUCUGGAACUCAUCAAAACCUUCGAGAAGGUCACCGGCACCAGUGUCCCUUAUGUCAUUCAGGACAGGAGAGAAGGGGACAUUGUCAGCAUGUGGGCAAAUGCCGAUUUGGCGAGGGACGAGCUGGGGUGGGCCAGCAAGAUGACGGUGGAGGACAUGUGCAGGGACUUCUGGAAGUGGCAGACUAUGAACCCUUACGGGUACAGGAGGGCUGUGAAUGGCAAGUCCAAGCACGAGGAGCUUAGUCAGGACGAUUAGAGGAGUUGACAGGGAUAUUUGGUAGAAAUCUCGAUGAUUGAAGAAAUAAUACAACGAAGCAUCAAAUGAUCUCAGGAUUAUUUGAAUGAAUGUCGUUAGGACGUUUAGAGAGUAAGAGACAUUUAGAUUAAGUCCGUCCCAAUGAUUUUGUUUAUGAAAAGAAAGUUUAUUACUUUAGAAUAAAUUAUAAAAAUCGGCCAGUAAUGUGGUAUUAUUCGUUUAUCACGAUCUUGACUAGAAUUCGCAGUAAGUCCUUCUGUUCUGUAUCCAGGAACUUCCAUAAAUCGUUCUCGAGGGCGAGGAGAGAGUCGUUGUCCUUAGACUGACAGGCGAGGAC